CCAUCAGAAUCAAUUUUUCCGAUCAAACAUAUCAUUAUAUCUUUUAUAAAUAGAACUAAAUGUUCUUUUAACCUUCAAUUAGACCCUAAAGCUCGAAGCUAUUUUCCUUUUCUAGAAUGGAGACAGUAGGAAAAGCGCAGUUAUCCGUCGUCGAGGCAUGGAAGGAAGAGAAGAUGACAAAGGUCACUAGCAAGACUCAGAAGAAGCUCCAUGAGAUUUCAGGAUGGGAGAAUAAGAAAACAAGAAAGAUCGAAUCUCAAAUCGCUAGUCUCCAACGGAGGAUGGACGGUGAGAAAAUGGAGGAAACAGAGAAACUGAGGAGCAAGAAAGCAGCAGUUCACGCAAAAGCACGAGAGAAGAAAGCGAAGGUUCAAACUAGACGCGCUCAAGAGAUUCUCCAUGCCGAAGAAGAAGCUGUUAGGCUUCAAGCCACUGGACAGAUUCCCAACAAGUCAUCUUGCAGCUGCUUCUGACAUACAUGUGUUACAUAUUACUACCACCCAUCUCCCCCCCCACUCCUAUGUCAUACUUGUAUAAUUUAUGUGUGAUUUUGGUUGUGUUUUUCAUGAAGAGUGCUAAAAUAAUUGUAUACGUCACACAUGUGGACGAAACAAUGCAAAGACUUAUUAUUGAAGUUGAAAAGCUGAAAACAUAAUAUUAAAGACUCACGAAAGCACAGCUACAAGAAGACGCAUCACAACAUUUAAACCACUGACCAGUCUAUGACAAAGAAAGACACAUAAUAGCAUCAAACGACUUGUUAAAACUACAUUUAAAAAAAAAA